GGACUGAGGUCAUGCACCUAACCACUCCAAUCUUUUGACGAAAAACAUGUGUUCAAUCUCGCCAGCUCUACUGGAUUGGAACUGGUGCUCCCGAUCCAAGUAUAUAUGCGUAGGAAAAGCCGAAGAGGGGACAGCGAAGAAGAAGCUCGAGUUAAAGCAGAGACAGAAAGAAAGAAAUGGCGAGCCGGCACUGCUUUGAGAACCCGCCGGCGCUGGACCCAUCAUGCGGAGGGGGCGAGGUCGUAGACGACUUCGGCGGACAGAAGGCCUACGUCGCCGGGUCCGUCGUUCUCGUCUCCGACGCCUUCGGAUUUGAAGCGCCAAAGCUGAGGGAGAUAGCAGAUAAAGUUGCUUCGGGCGGUUACUUUGUUGUGGUGCCAGAUUUCCUGCAUGGGGAUCCAUAUGAACCCAACAAUCCCAAUCCUUUACAGUGGCUGCAAGCACAUGAUCCGGAAAAAGCAUUUGAGGAGGCAAAACCAGUUAUUGCUGCUCUAAAGGAGAAGGGGAUGUCUACUAUUGGAGCUGCAGGUUAUUGCUGGGGUGCGAAGGUAGUCGCCGAGUUGGCUAAAGCUCGUGAGAUCCAGGCUGCUGUGAUGUCGCACCCUUCGUUAGUUACUGUUGAUGAUAUCAAAGUAAUAUCAGAAGUCAGAUGCCCGAUUUGUGUACUUGGAGCUGAGAUUGACCGAUUCUCCCCUCAAGAAUUAGUCAAGCAGUUCGAGCAGGUUCUUUCCGCAAACUGUGCGGUUGCUCACUUUGUCAAGAUUUUUCCUGGCGUCACCCAUGGGUGGGCGGUGAGAUACAGUGACGAUGAUGAGGCCGCUGUUAAGAGCGCUGAGGAAGCCUUUGCUGACAUGACCGGCUGGUUUGAUAAACACCUGAAAUGAAGUGAAACAUGAACUGGCUGGUAGCUCUCCACACAAAUAAACUCCCGACAGGACGUGGCUGUAGUUGUGGCUGGUGGUUGAUGCUGAUUUAUUAUGAGAAAAAAUACUACUGUCUGACUGGUAGCUGCUGUGGCUGGUGCUGAUUUGAUGUGAGAGAAAAACACUACUUGUAAUCUUAAAAAAAUAUUGCUGGCUGACUGGUUGACAAGUCAACUGAACAGAGGUGGUUAGGUGUCAGUGUGACUUCAUCGGUGCUCGAGCUUGUUUUCAUAUAUGUGCUGGCUAUUACUACUGCUAAGAGUGGGUUAUGUUAAUCUACAGUCUAGUUAUGAAUGCUUUUUUUUUAGCAG